AUGGGAUAAUAACAAUAAAAAUAAUACAAUUUCUUUUGGCCACAUAAGGGAGAAGUACAAUUAUGGACACAUUCUUAAAUAAAAGUUAAUUUCUUGUUUUAUCUAAGAUUAUUUCAGAAGGAGAUUCGAAGUUCUCAGAACAAAAUAAUGAAUCAAUAAUUACUUGCCCUAUGGAAUACUCUUUAAGUUGGACUACUAAAUCAAAUCAAAUUCAAUUUAUCUCAACAAAAAUAUCAAAUGGAGCUAAAGUGAAAUUUGUAGUUGAUCAAACUAAUGGCAAACUUAUAAGUAAUGUUAUAAUUCAAUAUUUAGAAACAGAAUAUAAUUAACUAGAUAACCUUGAAAAAUAGUUAUUUGAUGAAUUAUAACCAUAAACAAUGUGGAAAUGCUGGGUUGAAAUCUGGCUUGGUAAAACUAAAAAAAAUGAUAUUGUGCUUAAUAAAUAAGAAAGUUUAGAAAAUAUAUAAUCUGAUAGUAGUUUAGGAUAUAUUUAUAAUCCUAUUGUUAAAGUUUAUAGAGAAAGAAGAGGAUAGAUAUAACUUCUUACUAGACAUUUAUGUUAUACAAAUUAGAAUGAUAAUAAAAAGUCUAGCAAAUAUUAGAUAAAUACAUAGUUUUGUAAGACUUAAUUUUGGAUGUUCAAUUGGGAACUUAAAUAAAAAGUAGUUCCUGAUGCUUAUUUUUUGGAAUUGUAAAAUAAAUUAUCAACAGAAUCUCUUUCUUUUUAUCAAUAUACACUAAAUUGA